CUUGUAUUCAGGAGAUAAAAGCUGUUGGAUAAUUAUUGCCUGAACAAGAAGCCGUUUGGUACUUUGAUGGGCUAGAGUGGGCUUCUUCAACCAUGCGCUGUGCAUGUUUACUCAUUUGGAGGGUGACUGGGUGAAGUGCAAAGAAGGGGGGCCAACGACUGUCAUAAGUACCUCUUAUUCAAAAGCGGGAACCAACUGGCUAUGACUUUCCAUGCUGGGAGGAAAAGAGAGAGUAAAUAAAGGGAGAGAGGGACAGAUUGGAGGCAGGGUUUAAUUAAUUAAGUGUGGAUUUUCCUGACCACCAGGCUGUUAUUACCGCCGUUUGGACUGCAAUUCAUCUGUUGGGCACCCUGGGAAUCAUAUCCGGAGGACCAGCUUGUGAUCAAGGGAUGAAAACAGUGGUUCAGUUCUUUCAGUCUUAGGACCAAGGCAGCAGGUGGCAGCCUGAAGAAAAUUGCCAUGAAAGUCACACUGAACGCCGUCUCCCUCUUGGCAGCUUUGGCUGGCGUGGUCAGUUUCAGCUUCCUGCUGGUGGCUAUCAGCACUGACUUUUGGUACCUUAUUGAUGCUUCUAAGCUGCAGAAGCUCCUCAACCGCACAGACAGCCUGAGCUCCCAUUCAGGGCUCUGGAGGAUGUGCCAAGUUAAUAGGACCUGUUUCAAUUUGGUAAACCCCUUUAAACCUGACAUAUCAAAUAUCACCACAUCACACAAGCAACUCUUAAAUAUGCACGCGGCAUUUGUGAUCCUGCUACCUCUUAGCCUCUUCUUGUUGAUCUUUGGAGCAAUGACGGGCUUCAUCAGUAUCCUUGCACAGGCUUACUUCCUCCUGAUGUUCACUGGACUCCUCUUUCUCCUUGGAGCUCUCAUCACACUGGCCGGGCUCAGCAUCUACAUCACCUACAUUGCUGCAGGCUUUAGGGAAGCCAUUCUCCUCUUGGGAAGGAAGAGCCUUCUGGACAUUAUCAACAUCCGGUUUGGCUGGUCUCUGGCCUUUGCCUGGCUUUCCUUGGCUACCGAGAUCCUCACUGGGCUAGCUUUCCUCCUGAUGGCCAGGAUGGUGGAUAUGAAGCAAAGGCAGGAUUGCACCAUAUGAGGUUAUCAAACACCACAGCCCAUCCGGGUCAGUGGGUUUUGACACCACCAGGUUUCCAUCUCCCCCUACUUUCUCUUUCUUAUUUUGAGCCACCUGCUGGCACUUAAAAGUGAGCGACUUCUAAGUCAAAGGAUGGCUUGUCUUGCUCUCCCCUGGGCCUUUUUUCUUCCAUGUGCUUAUAAUUUUGGUUAGCAGAUGAGUAGCCUUCUGGAAAGAGGGUCUUGUGCAGAUCUAUGUAGGCUCCUUCUGUCAGUGGUGAGGAAAUAAAAUAUGAUGUAUGAAAAGGAAAAUUCCUGGAUGCCAAGAUCCAGGUUUGGGGCAAGUAGUCUUUGGGGAGAGAAUCCCCGCAGAGAUUUAAAACCACAAAACAUGCUGCAAAAUGAAGUGUGGAAAUAUAGGUUGUUAGACCUUUAAAACAUGCCCUUUUAAGUUCCAAAAUAGUCCCCUCUUCCCCCAGCACAAAAAGGCUUGUAAGAGCCAUGCGGUCUGAGCUUGGAUCAACCAGCUCAGACAUCUUCACAUGCUGAGCUUCUCUGGUAGACUGAAGAUGAACAAAGGCCUUGAUCACCUUCCUCCCAAGGUGAGGGGGAAUAACCUAGUUUGGGUUUGAGAUGAUCAGAAAUCUGUAGUCCUGCAGAACAGGUGCCUACCCACCACUAGGUUAUAUAUCUGUGUAUUAAAUGUCUCUAAAUUCUGCAAGCAGAAGCAAUUCCUGCGGGCAGAAUGGUUUCCACGAAUAGAUCAGAUGUAGAUAUAAAUACAGUUAUAGAAAAUUGCUUCUGACAGCAAAGUCAGAUGGUGAGCACUGGCAGGAGCAUAGCAAAAAUGGGACCACAAGGGAACAAGGAGAAACAACCCACAUGUUGGAUGGAACUUGGAGAGUUGCAGA